AUGCGCUCAGCGCUACUGAGAUCUCUAUCCCAGCUAGGGCGACGCUGGAAACCCUUAGCAUUUAACAACCCCAACUUCACCCGAAUCCCCAAUUGCCACAUAAUAGAAGAAGAGACUCUCCCCGAAUAUAGCGCCUCACAAUACUAUCCCACUCGAAUAGGAGAAGUCAUCAAAGAUCAGUACCAAGUCAUUGGUAAAUUAGGAUAUGGAUUGACUUCGACGGCGUGGCUUGCGCGGGACAUGGAUAACCGUCGCUAUGUCAUGCUCAAGAUCUUCCUCCAGGCGGAGUGUAUGGGAAAGCACGUUGAAGACGAGCUCGAUAUGUAUAGACGGAUGGAACAGCAGUCUGAAAGUAAUCAUCCCGGUCGCGAUGUUAUAAGAACGUUGCUCGAUACGUUCUAUAUCAACGGGCCGGGGGAUAAGCAUCGCUGUCUCGAGCACCCACCGUUAUGGGAGAGUGUUCUAACCUUCUUGCGCCGGAACUCGGUGAAAAGGUUACCUUCGGUGAUUCUUGCUGUUGUUCUUCAUCGGUUGUUUAUGGCGUUGGAUUACCUUCAUACGGAGUGUGGGGUUGCGCAUACUGAUAUCAAGGCGGAUAACAUCAUGCUCGGCAUCAACGAUGACUCAGUCUUCACUGACAUCGAAGAGAACGAGCUCCAACGACCCAUCCCGAGGAAAGAGGUCGAUGACAGAAUAAUAUACAUGUCCCGGGAACUCAAAUUACCCAAGGAUGUUGGUGGUCCCGUGCUCUGUGAUUUGAGGGAAUUCAUUCAGCCUCGGAUUUAUCGAGCGCCGGAGGUGAUACUGGGAGUUCCGUGGACGUAUAGUGUUGAUAUAUGGAAUGUGGGGUGCAUGGUUUGGGAUCUCUACGAAGGUGGUUGUUUGUUUACGGGAUACGAUCCUGUAGAUGAGAGGUACCGGAGUCGAGCGCAUUUUGCGGAGAUAAUUAAUCUUCUUGGACCACCGCCUGAGAGUUUGCUUGCGCAGGGGGAGUUGAGAGAUGAGUUUUUCUCAAAUGAAGGUGCUUUCCUCCAUCCGGAGUUAUUGACCGAACGGAUCCCCCUUGAAGAAAGGGAGACGACUCUGGAGGGAAAGGCAGAGAGGGAGGCAUUUUUGCGUCUCAUGCAAAAGAUGCUGCAGUGGGAGCCGAGUAAGCGUAGUUCUGCUCGGGAGUUGGCGGAGGACGAGUGGAUACAUAGUUAUAUAUGAUUUACUAAAGCCUCUCUGUACUACAUCGUC